AUGUCUAGGUGUCUCGAAGCGAACGAACGCAUCGAUACGAGGAUGGACGGAUGGUGCCUUUGGUCGGUGUUCUCGUCGGUAGUCACGCUCCUGGUGUUGGCUUCGGCAUGCGUCCAGCUCUUCCACCUGGCGAGGAGACUCUUCAUCCACGCCUUCGCCCCUUACCCUCCUUUCACCUCCUAUGGUGCCUGGGCAGUGGUGACGGGAUGCACGGACGGGAUCGGGCUCGGUUAUGCCAAGGAAUUGGCCAGGCAUGGAAUGAACAUCGCUUUGAUCAGCAGAAACCCUGAUAAGCUCAGGACAGUGGCUUGCCAUAUAGAGAAGGAAUUUGGCGUCGAGACCAGAGCGAUUCAAGCCGACUUCACGAAGCUGGACAUCUACGAAGGGAUAAAGGAGAAGCUGGCGGGCCUGGACGUCGGGAUCCUAGUGAACAACGUGGGAAUGACGACAGAGUUGAGCCCGUUCCUGGAUGUCCCAGAUGGAGAGAAGACAUAUCAGGACAUGCUCCUAGUCAACAACAUGUCAAUGGUGCGGAUGACGCACAUGGUCCUCCCUGGGAUGGUCGAGAAGAGAAAGGGGAUCGUCAUCAACAUCUCCUCCAUUGCAGACGUCUCCCCGGUUCCGCUCCUGACAAUUUAUUCCGCAACGAAGGCAUUUAUAUACAGCUUUUCGCGGGGUCUCGCCUACGAAUACAAAAAGAAAGGGAUUCUCAUCCACCACGUCGACCCUUGGUACGUGUACACGAAGAUGAUACAUAAAUUUGUUCGUCCGCCGGGUUUGAUGGUUCCGACUCCGGAUAUCUUCGUCCGAUCCGACCUCCGCUCCAUAACCAAAGUCCAAGAUACAUCUGGUUAUUGGUUUCAUAACCUCCUGAGGGAGGUCGGUCGCUUCGGGGAUUACGUCGCACCCACAGCGGCGACGAAUCUGGUCGGCUGGGUCAUAAAAAUAGAUUCGGAAAGAUCGAUUAAGAAACAGGCGGAACUCGAGGAGAAAGAAGCGGAUGCCAAGACGUCUCAGCCGAAAUGA